GUAAUUAUACCCACGGGGCUCAUCCCAGUAGUUUAUUUUAUCCGUGAUCCGGCCUCGUCUCCUCUAUCCUUGCUUGACCCGGAAAUUGAUCGAGGUCCACCAUCUAAGGACAUUCCGAGUCGGAGGAGCGAGUCGAGGAACGAGGAGGUUUCGGCGAGGAUACUCGACAAGUGCGGUCUUUACAGAAGUCUUUCGGAACGGCUGGCAUAUAAAUGAUCCACUUCUCUGUAUAUGUCAGUUUGAAACAUGGCGGGAACGCACAUAUACAAAUGGACAGAUGAGGAAACCACCUGUCUCAUUCGUCUGAGGUCUGAAAAUAACCAUCUAUUCACGGGGAAGAAGCAUACAAAAAAAAAGUCUUGGGGGGGAAUUCUUCAGCACAUGGGUCUACAGGGCCAUGUGAGCCCUGCACAAGCUGCAAAAAAAUGGGACAAUCUGAAGCAAAAGUAUAAGGAACUCCGACGCUCUGCUGCAGGAACGGGGCCGGACAGGGGAGAGGUCACAGCAGCCACUUGGCCGUGGUUCACUGCAAUGAAUGAGGCCCUCGGCGGAGAACCUAUCGAUCUUCCUGUUGAGAUGGACUCGUGUGCUGCAGAAAACCAGACACACGUGGCUGACGAGGCCUCAGACGUCAGUGGCUCAUCUCCUGGAUCUGUGGCGGCCGCCUGUAGCCAGAUGUUUGUGGUGGAGGUGGAGGACGACACACUGGCCUUUUCUCCAUACACUUGGACAGUUGAGGAAACCGCCAGCCUCAUUCGACUGAGGUCUGAAAAUGAUCACCACUUCUCGGGGAAGAGGCAUACAUCCAAAAAAGCUUGGCUGGACAUUCUUCAGCAGAUGGGACUGCAGGGCCAGGUGAGCCCUGCACAAGCUGCAAAAAAGUGGGACAAUCUGAAGCAAAAGUAUAAGGAACUCCGACGCUCUGCUGCAGCCACGGGGUCGGACAAGGCAGAUGUCCCAGCAGCCACUUGGCCGUUGUUUACUGCAAUGCAUGAGGCCCUCGGCGGGGGGGAACUUAUGGAUCUUCCUCUCCAGAUGGACUCGUGUGCUGCAGAAAAGCCGACGCGUGUGGCUGAUGAGGCCUUGGAUGCCAGUCGCUCAUCUCAUGGAUCCGUGGCGGCCGCUUGUAGCCAGGCCUGUGUGGAGGAGGAGGAGGACACUCAGCAUUUUCCGCCCUACACGUGGACAGUUGAGGAAACGGUCAGCCUCAUUCGACUGAGGUCUGAAAAUGAUCACCUCUUCACGGGGAAGAGGCACACAUCCAAAAAAGCUUGGCGGGAAAUUCUUCAGCAGAUGGGUCUACAGGGCCAGAUGAGCCCUACACAAGUUGCAAAAAAGUGGGACAAUCUGAAGCAUAAGUAUAAGGAACUCCGACGCUCUGCUACAGGAACGGGGUCAGACAGUGGGGAGGUCACAGCAGCCACUUGGCAGUGGUUUACUGUAAUGCAUGAGGUCCUCGGCGGGGGGGAACCUAUCGAUCUUCCUGUCCAGAUGGACUCGUGUGCUGCAGAAAAGCCGACGCGUGUGGCUGAUGAGGCCUUGGAUGCCAGUCGCUCAUCUGCUCAUGGAUCCGUGGCGGCCGCUUGUAGCCAGGCCUGUGUGGAGGAGGAGGAGGAGGACACUCAGCAUUUUUCUCCUUACCCUUGGACACAGGUGGAAACUCUCAGCCUAAUUUUGCUGAGGUCUGAAAGUGAUCACCUCUUCACGGGGAGGAGGCAUACGGCCAAAAAAGCUUGGGAGGGAAUUCUUCAACAUAUGGGCCUAAAGGGCCACGUGAGCUCUGCACAAGCUGCAAAGAAGUGGAACAAUCUGAAGCAAAAGUAUAAGGAACUCCAACGCUCUGCUGCAGGAACGGGGCCAGUCGGGGGAGAGGCCACAGCAGCCACUUGGCCGUGGUUCACUGCAAUGCGUGACGCUGUCGCCGGUGACUCGUGUGUCGCAGAAGACCCAGCGCGUGUGGCUGAUGAGGCCUCAGAUGCCAGUGACUCAUCUUCUCCUGGAUCGCCCACUUAUAGUGUGGUGUGUGUGGAGGUGGAGGGGGAGGAGGAGGAGGAGGAGAGGGAAGAGGAGCGGGAAGAGGAGCGGGAAGAGGAGAGGGAGGAGGAGGAGGAUGGAGAGGAGGGCAAAGAUGAGGCUCAGCCUGGUAGCCACACACAGGAGGACAGUGAGCCAUGCACCUCUGCCUAUCCCCCAUCCCCCAAAAGGAGAAGGACCUGUCAGGGAGACAUUCUCCAGUUCCUGAAGGAGGAGGCCGCCAAAGAGGAAGAGCGUUUCAGGGCCGCUCUAGAGAGCACAAAUAGAUUCCUGGGCCUUUUCGAGAGAUUGGUCAACAAACUGUAAAUAGUUUACAUAAUAAAUAUAUUUACAACACUGUAGCCUACGUGACAGGACACUUGCGUGGAGCAGUGAAUCUCACCAUCCAUGCCAUCUUCAUUCCUGCCUCACUGGACCUGGCAGAGCCGCAGCCCUGUAGCCAACAUCCUCCAUGGGCUUACGGAUGUCCCCCACUGUCAGACAGAUGUAAUGGUUGAGGUUCCUUUUGGGGGACUCUUACUCCAGCCACAACAGAAUAGUCUUGAAGAACAGUGGGAUCUACAGUAUCAUGCAACAAAUGCAUAAGUGGUGAUGACCCUUGGGACAAAGGUGUGGUCCACCUGAAGAGCCUUGGAGAGCAGGCGCCUCCAGCGUAUCUUCAACAUGCCAAAAGCCUGCUGAGCCUGCUGGGGUGCACGUCUGCAUGGUGGUGGCUGAAGCAGCUCUGUACCCUCCCGAACAGUGGCUCCCGAUAUGGGGUGAUGAGUGCCCCAGGAUGGGCGAUGCAGGGGUGGCCUCCAUGCCACACAAGAACCAUGGAGGUUGGACGGACAAUCCCUGCCUGGAGGAGGGUACAGAAACUCAGUCGACCCUGCCGUUCUUCAAGGCUCUGUUUUUGCGGAUGGGGCCAGAUACCCAAAGAAGGAACAUGCCCUUCCCGUCACAUACUGCCUGCAUCUUGGAUGGGAAGCGCUUCCUCUUAAGGUAGCCCUCCCUGCAGCCGGCCAAUGGUGCCCACACACUUGAAGAACACCAAGCUGUUGGCCUUUGAAGCAAAGUCUUGGCCAACCUAUUCUGGUUCCCUAGCGGUGGGCAGCAAACUGACGUGGGCCAUUCCACGCUGACCUGGAUUUUUCUCUUUUUCUGUGCAACAAUUAUGAGAUAUCAAAUUCCAGAAAACUUGAGCUUCAUACUCCAUUUCUUUGCCUGUAGCACCAUUUCAAUUUUCCCAAAUGAUUCUUUUUUUUUUUAGUUGAUCAAGGAUGUAUGCAGUGAUCGAUUACACCCUGUGUAAAAAGUGGAGUAAUCCACAAAGAUGUAACUUUCAACAUAUCUGAAGUAGAGGGUCGGGUGAAAUUUCUGACAUUGGUUUCCGGACAGGUGUGUCAAGCGUGUCAAAAAUUGCCAAAUGGAAUUUUCUAUGGGUAAUAUCUCAGGUAAUGUUUUCAGUAACGUGUUUAUCUUUACACAGUAAGAAAGAUCCCCGAAGACUCUCGUUUACAAAUAAGAUAAUACUAAAAUGAUGUUUACGUUUGGUCCCUAGUGACAAAAAGUGAAUUUUUAAGCCCCAAUACCUCCUCAAAAGUAGAUACAUUUUCGCUGUGACACCCGCAAAAUUUAAAUGGCUCUACUGGCAAAACCAAAUUGAGUAUGAAGCUCCAAUUUUUUCGGGAGUUCUAGAUCAUCAUUAUCUACCAACAAAAAUCUGAGAGGUGCUGUGGUGCACCCUCCUAGAGGUGGAAGGGCAGCAAUUGAGUGUACUUGGGGCCCAGCACACCGCACUUUUGGACAAACUGGCCAAGCCAGUACACAGUUGUCAGGAUUGUUAUGUGGUGUGGCCAGCCACGUCUCCCCUGGCAGUACCUGGGUGAAGACCUCCAUGGAGCCACAGUUCAGACGAUAGUCUGCCAUGAUGUCAUAGCGCCAUUAACAUAGAGCUGCAGCACUGGCGCAGUGCCAUUUAUUUGUAUAUAAUUCCCAACUGGGGAAUUGUCAGC